AUGCCGGCCGCUGUCGACGAGCAGCCGAACGGCAGUGCCAACGACCGCUCACCGUCCCCUGCCCGUGCCCCGCCUAUAGCCGACUCGCCCGGGCCGCGCGCGACAGCCCUACAGAACAUCUUCGCGCAAGCCCUCGACGCGACCAUCAAGCGCUGCUCCUACGCCAAUUUCGCCGCCUGCUUCCCGACGCCUGCCCAAUAUGUGCCCGAGAACCUCGAUGCCUUCUGGCGCGACUUUACCGGCCGAGUGGGAGACGCUGCAAGGAACAAUUUUGACCAGAUCCUCGCCUCACGGAAUGUCGUCCAAUCUUUAAACUCUCUCGAUGCUCUUGUUCAGGAUGCCAAGAAACGCAAAGAGCGCGCAGAGGCAGAGGCCAAUGGAGAGACUGUCAAGCCACCUACCCCACCGCAUACACUCCCCGCUGAGACACUCGCCCUCGCCCACCUCCAGCCCUUCCUCUCCGCCCAAUCCGAGACCUUGCAAUCCGAGCUGUCGACCACCCAGAAAGCGAACACCCAGCUACUGUCCGAGAUACAGGCUCAACGUGCUGAGCUAGCGGCCUUGAUGAGCGGUCUUGAGCACGUAGUCAAGGACUUGGAGGGCAGUGUAGACAUGCUGUCUAAAGACGGAGUGCAGUCUCUUACCCAAGAGAUUCUCGACAUUGACGAUGAGCUCGCGGGUUGA